GAUACACCGAUCGUCACAGACGGACCACGGCCACACCAUACACCAAUUAUAUGCAAAUUACACUGAGCGACGGGGACCGGCGCUACGUCCAGCGCGCAUGCGCGUCGCGGGCGGGUGAGUCAGUGGCGGCGGCGCGGUUGCGGCUGCGGCUGCGGUGCGGUCGUCAUUCAUAGUGGUGCCGCCGCCGCGCGUGUAGGUGGGAGGCCGUGCCGCGCCGCUGCAGUGCAACCCGUGCUCUCUCGCGCCCGCGUCCGGCCGUCGGUGCGAGGCCGCCGGUGCCGCGCCCCCGAUGCAUCUGACGGAGGACCUGCUGUUCGCCGGCUACCAGGAGCGUCAGCGCGGCGCGAUCAUGAGCGGCGUGGCUCCCGAGCUGUACCUGAGUGAGCGCACCUACAACCAGGUGGCCACCGAGCACGGCCACGAGCUGGUGCGCACCGGGUCGCCGUGUUUCGUGUGCACCUGCCUGCCGGCCCACUGGCGCUCCAACAAGACGCUACCGGUGGCGUUCAAGGUGAUCGCGCUCGGUGAGGUGGCCGACGGCACCGCCGUCACCCUGCGCGUCGGAAACGACGAAAACCCCUGCGGCGAGCUGCGCAACAACAUGGCCUUCAUCAAGAACCAGGUGGCCAAAUUCAACGACCUGCGCUUCGUCGGACGCAGCGGCAGAGGGAAGAGCUUCAACCUGACCAUCCAGAUCUCGACAUCACCUCCUCAGAUAAUGACGUACAACAAGUGCAUGAAAGUCACCGUCGACGGACCUCGGGAACCACGCAGCAAAACUCGACAGCACCAGUACCGGGCCUACGGCAUCGGGCAGCGGCCGUUCCUGGACACACGGUUCUCGGACCACCUCAGGGACCUGGAGCAUUACCGGCGCAAGUCAGACGGACUGCCGUUCAAGGUGCACGGCGCGCCGGCCGCCACACCAGAAGCCAGUCAACUGCUGCAGGAGUCAACAGGCCACUGGGGCGGCUACGCGCCGUCGCCCUACUCGUACCUGCCAGGCGGCCUAGCGGGCAGCGCGGCGGCCCUGCAGGGCGCCGGGUACUCGCCGGCAGCGGCGCUCACCUACCAGACGGCCGGACAGGAGGGUUCCGGCGCGCUGGAGCACCACCUGCCAGCCGUGCUGUCAGACCCGGCCCAGCAAGCGACCCCAUCUCAGCAGCAACAGCAGCAGCAACAGCAACAGCAGCAACAACAACAACAGCAGCAGCAGCAGCACGACGGCCAGCCGCCGGUGGGCUCGUUUACACCGCCCGGCUUCAAGUCCGAGCCGGAGGGGGGUGGCGCGCCGGCGGCUGGCGAUGUCUCUCCGCCCCGCUCCGACGGCUUCCCGUCGUCGGCGGCGGCCGGCUCGGGCUACUCGGCGGCCGGCGCGUACGGCGGCUACCAGGCGGCGGCGGCAGCGGCCGCGGCGCCCUCCUACCUGGGCGCGGCGCCGCUCAUGCUGUACCCGCACCUGUACCAGGGCCAGCUGGCGGCGCACGGCGGCGAGCAGCGCGACGGCUCCGGCGGGGUGGCCGCCGGCCAGUACCGUCCCGCCGGUGAGCAGCACUACCCGGCCGACUGGGCGCACCAUCAGCACCAGCAGGCCAUGGGCGCCGACGGCCUGGACGCCAGGUACCGGGCCGGCGCCGGCGAUCCGUCCGUCUGGAGACCCUACUCGUGGCCGUCUGAGCACCGUCAGUAGCCGGUAGUGAGCGGGGCGCCGGCGACCACCGCUGCCACUCACCGCACGCCGCCGCCCCGUCAGACACCCGCGCUGGCACAGCGGCUCGCACCACUCCCGGAAAUCAAAGAGUCUUAUCUGUUGACGUUUUGAUCAUGUAGUCGGUAAAUUUUCUCUCCAUGACUUAGCCCGUAAGUGGCGUUGUUAGUACCUACUAGAACCGCUAUAGCAUCAAAAAUCAAAAGAGUGUACUGUGUAGGUAAUUCUGGUACGCGUCAUCCGAAAAGUCGCAAAAGGCAAAUAACUGACACCACAUGAUGUAUUCAUACGAGUGUGAAAUCCCACCAAUGUGAAAUAAUCUAAUGCUACGAUUUUUUAGUGAUAUCGAGAGGACAGCUGGCAUCGCCGAUGUAAAUCAAAGCGUCGAGUGUCUGUCAUUCAUAGGUCGUAUUUCACCGUUGAAACAGCUGGGCUGAUUUUUACUGCCUGGUGCGUCAGGAGCCGCCGGAGGCAGGGUGUUUCGUGAAGCCUGAUGCGUAAGGUGCAGUGCCGACCGGUGCGUCAGAUUUGUUCUUCUGCUCUUAUGUUUCACUAAGCUGACCCGGCGACUUUGUGCACCAAGAGCAGUCCGAUGCGUCAGUGGGGAGCUGGAAGUGCCUGGUGCCGACCAGCCGGGAUUUUCCGAAAGGAGGGGAGGGGGAGGGGGCGGCCCGUCGUCCGCCACAUACAGCCGUCCCUGUGUGCCUGUUGAUUCAUGGCUAUGUGCGAUUGUGUUCUUCCCGAGAUAGUCGAGUUAGUGUGAUGGUACAGACGGAUGCAAUUCGGCUUCAGUUGGGGGCGGCAAGUGGAGCCGUUCCUGAGGUAAGAGUUCCUGAGGGCCGACCGGCCGGCCCUAGCGGUAAUCGGUCGCCGCCGGCUGCAGUUUCAGACCGGGCCGGCGGCGCACCCCGUACCCAGCGGCCCAGCGCGCGCGCCGCCGGUCACAGCCACCGCCGCCGUUGUUGUAUAUGUAUUUAGCGUGAGCCGGCCGUGGCAUUCAGUUCCUCACGUACAUUGCCGCUACUGUACAGUCAGUCCAAAGAACUAUUAGCGGUCGCGGGCGACAAUCGUACGUCCAAAAAUGCUUACAUGCAUGGACAACUGUGCUGAUCUGGCCGCGAGCGAUUAUGUUAGUUGUGUGUUUGCGUAUAUAUCGAGUUGGGAAUAUGCCGAUUGUUAGUGUACGUGUAUGAGUCUGCGUAUUUCUGUGCAUGCAUGCAGGUGGAGAUGACUGUUGGGUGUGUGGGUGUCUGUGCAUUCAUACGGUCGUAUUUAUUCAGCACAUGACUGGUGCGCCCGCCGACUGGGCGGCUGAGCUGUUUGUGUUCGAGCAUAAUAAACCGAACAUUUUA